AUGGUUUCCAACGCAGGAGGAGAAGAAGGAAGCUCGGACGACGCCAAUACGCCACUGCAGUCACCGAAAUCCCAGAACACCAGCAGAGACGAGGAUGACAGUUCCAACGCUAACGAAUCUGAUUGUAAAAGCCCGAAUCAGAGAAGUUUCGAUACGAAGGAGGCCGAGCGACGCCAAUCAGAAUCUGCGAAGGCUGCGACGCAAAGCUGGAAAAAUUUACGCGCCGUCAUGGCUUACUACCAUUCUCUGCGAAAAAUCAAGAGAACCAAGUCCAACCAGAGGUGGAUGAAACUAAGGACGACUGUACAAAUAUCCUCUGCAAUAUCAGCCAAGAAACCGCCUCUGAAACGAGAAGACUCUUUUUUACAACGUUUUUCCACUCGACAGAUACCUGAAACUCAAGAAACUGUCGAGGACACUGGUAGUGAAGGAGGUGAUAAUCAAUCGGCCCCAAGGAGAAGACGAAGACAGCGAAAACAACCGAAAACUGUGGUUAAUCCUGACUCAAACUUUUAUUUUUAUUGGCUCCUAGUUCUAACUAUUUGCAUUUUAUACAACCUUUGGACAUUGAUUGUCCGACAAAGCUUUCCUGAACUUCAGGAAAUGGUGACUAGUUUUUGGCUAACCUGUGAUUCUCUGAGUGAUUUGGUGUUUCUGAUGGAUUUGGCCGUCCAACUUCGGACUGGCUAUUUGGAGCAGGGUCUGAUGGUGUACGACUCUAAAAAACUGGCCUGUCACUACUUACGUUCCCGUGCCUUUUUGCUGGAUUUGGCGGCGUUGUGCCCACUCGAUCUGUUGCAGUUUAGAUUCGGAUGGCACCCCUUGCUCAGGUGUCCGAGAUUUUUAAAGGUAUAUCGUGCUGUUAACUAUUACUAUAUGGUAGAAUCCAGAACUGUAUGGCCGAAUUUAUGGAGGGUGAUAAACUUAAUUCACAUUCUUUUGAUAUUGGCUCACUGGUUUGGAUGUUUUUAUUUUUUAUUAUCCGAAGCCGAAGGGUUCCAGGGCGAUUGGGUCUAUCCUUACCGCCCAGGAGACUAUGCAACUCUAACCAGGAAAUAUUUAGGAUCUCUCUACUGGUCCACGCUCACUUUGACCACUAUUGGUGACUUGCCGACACCAGAAACGAAUGCAGAGAAGACAAAUUCGGUGGAUGGCCCUCGGUCCCUGCCGCGCAGAGGUGUCAAGUCGCGCCUCCUCCAGUUCAACACCAGCCACGGGUACAUCUUUACCAUAGUUAGUUACCUUAUUGGAGUUUUUAUAUUUGCUACAAUAGUAGGACAAGUUGGCAAUGUGAUAACUAACCGAAAUGCUAACCGUCUUGAAUUUGAACGCCUUUUAGAUGGAGCGAAGACCUACAUGAGGCAUCACAAGGUACCUGGUGGAAUGAAAAGAAGGGUGUUAAGGUGGUACGAUUACUCGUGGUCCAGGGGCAGGAUCCAAGGGGGUGGCGACAUCAACACAGCCCUUGGCUUGCUUCCAGAUAAACUGAAAACAGAGCUUGCCUUACAUGUCAAUUUAAGUGUGUUGAAAAAAGUGACUAUAUUUCAAGAAUGCCAACCGGAAUUUUUGCGGGAUCUGGUGCUAAAAAUGAAAGCUUAUAUUUUCACACCUGGCGACUCGAUUUGCAGAAAAGGGGAGGUGGCUAGGGAGAUGUUCAUAAUAGCGGAUGGUAUUUUAGAAGUUUUGAGCGAAAAUGGAAAAGUUCUGACUACCAUGAAGGCUGGAGACUUUUUCGGGGAAAUAGGCAUCCUAAAUUUGGAUGGACUUAACAAGAGAACUGCUGACGUUCGCUCAGUAGGAUAUUCCGAAUUGUUCUCGUUAUCUCGUGAAGACGUCUUAGCCGCAAUGAAAGACUACCCGGAAGCCCAAGAGAUCCUGCAGGCCCUAGGUAGAAAACGACUUAUGGAGGUCAAGGCGUCUGCUCGGCAUCCGGUACACCACAAGGAACAUCACCACGGCCACAGCCACGGACAGGAUGGCAAGGGCAUUGUGGAUAAGAUAAAAAGCGAGGCGAAGGGAUUGAGGAACGCUCUAAAGAAAACGAGGACUCACCGCAGGUCUCAAGAGUCGCUAGAACUACAGCCACUACACACGCCUACAAACAACAACAAAGCAACCCUCAAGAGAAUGUCGAGGGUGCGGUCACACGACUUAAGCCAGGAGGAGGGCGAGAAAAAGGAACAGAUAGCCUCAGAACCUGUCGUCUCUCCUAUUGGGGCUGGAUUGCCGCUGCUGCAUAGGCUCAAGUUGCUCAAAGAAAAGCAGGAUAACGAGGAACGCUCGAAAAGCGUCACGCCCGUCGCGUCGCCCACGUCUUCAUCGAUGAGAUCGCCGCCUCCCGUCUGCGAGGAGGAUACUGGGGAACUCAUAGGGCCGGGUCUGCCUUUGCUCCAACGUAUCCUGAUGCUCAAGGCGAAAGAGGACAAGGCCGCCAAAGCCGCCAAAACUGGAGUCGGGGGGACCAAGAGCGUGACCAGCCAGUUGUUCAGCGGCAUUAGUCUUAGUAAAGGUAAAGACGGUAGGGGAAAUAAAGAGUUGCUCAAAGAAAAGCAGGAUAACGAGGAACGCUCGAAAAGCGUCACGCCCGUCGCGUCGCCCACGUCUUCAUCGAUGAGAUCGCCGCCUCCCGUCUGCGAGGAGGAUACUGGGGAACUCAUAGGGCCGGGUCUGCCUUUGCUCCAACGUAUCCUGAUGCUCAAGGCGAAAGAGGACAAGGCCGCCAAAGCCGCCAAAACUGGAGUCGGGGGGACCAAGAGCGUGACCAGCCAGUUGUUCAGCGGCAUUAGUCUUAGUAAAGGUACACCCGUUAGUCAAACCACAUUUCAAACCUCGAACACUACAACGACGAGGUCUUCUUUUUCAGCCCCCCCUAAGAGUACGCUGGCAUUGGUUAGUUCUAAAGCUGCGGUGCCGGCCAAAUUACUAAAUAACAAAAUUUCACUUAGGGAUAGGUUAAAGUUAGCAACGAGCGCCAAAGAAAAAGACAGUAGCAUAAAAGACUCAUUACUGAAAGAUAGCGACCCUCCAUCCAUCACAGACACUACAUUAAAACUAGUGCCGUCUCAACCGUCCAAUAACAAUAACCAGCUGUUAUCAGGUGGCAGUCCAGUCGCCCAGACCUCCGUACCACCCAAAGUUAGUGCCAGUGACAGACUUAGUGAUAGCAACAAUUUCUCAAAGACCAGUUUAGAUAGUGUUGACAGUGUAGAUAGGAACGAACCCCAUUGGAUGAAGCUAAAGCGAGCUGCCAUCUCCAAGGACGUGUCCGACACCAGCUCGCUUAUCCUGUCGAAGGAUAACGGUGAGAAUGGUGGCGCUGAGGAGGUGACGGUGGAAGCUGCGCCCAAGGAACCGAAGCCGAAGCCCAGCUUGUUCCUCACUAGGAAAACGAAGCAUUAUAGAUCGAUAGACGAUUUAUCUCCCGAAUACGGCCCCUUGCCUUUCGUAAAAAAAUUGAAAAUCCUAAACGAGCGGCAGAAGCUAGAGGAACUAGAAACUGUCAUGAAAACAAGAAGUUUCUCCCUCGAUAUCCCGGACAACCCGAGCGUCGAUGGCGACACGUUAACGCGCUCCCAUUCGGAGGGCUCCACCAUGCACCAGGACCAACACCGCGUCGAUAAGAACCUGUUGACGACGCCCCUCACUUCCAGUCCUCUGCACUCCUCGAACGAGUCCAACGAGACGAUAGAGCGCAGGAAUCUGAAAUCUAUCCUGAAGAAGUUGUCGGAGGAUACGAAGGAGAAGGAGCCGAGGGAGAACGCGAUGCCGGAGAAGGUCGAUUCCACGGAAUUUAGAAGGCUAAUGCGAGCCCCGACGAUAGAAGGCUACGCCGCGAGGCACAGCAAACUCUCGAAGAGUGUGACCUUUAACCGAGACACUCUCCAGAGCCCGCCUAGCAGCGCAACUAUUUUGGGGGCGCCGCAGAAUCUAUUCCCGUUUGUCAACUCGCCGUCCGACAACGGCCUGGACGUGCGAGAGCAGGAGAAACGGACUGAACUGGAAAGGUGCGGCAUCCAGAUAAUGCCGAACAAAGCAAAUAACCAAGUCAAAUUGAUUAAAGGUCUGGAUGAUGAGCAGCAGUAUUUUGCUGACAUCUUACUGGCGAUUAAACAAGUAAUGAGUUCCCAUCUUCAAGAUAUACAGGAAAAAUAUCAACAGAAAUUUGAAAAACUUGAAGAGGAACUAAAAUCCAAAGAUGAAGUCAUCACACAACUAAAAGCACAUAUCUGCGAGUUGGAGAAAACAACGGAAGACUCCUUUACGCCAAGUGACUCUCUUGAUACAGUGAUCAGUAAGGAAAAACAAUCAUGGGAAGAUCCCACUCAUGAAGAACAAGAGGAACUCCAAGAUUUGCCCCGUCCCAUUCAAACCUGGUCUUCCCCUCCACAUAAUGUAGUACUGGAUAUUGAUUCCACAGAGACAUCAGAAGCUGAACAGACUGACUGCGAAUCAGGCGAAUACGAAAACUCAAGUAAUAACUGGGAAAUCGAGUUGCUGGCAGCACAAAUUCGUCAGCGCAGAUCUGCAAGCCUGGACCACACCGCGGGACGACCUCUUCGUCAGAGGUUCACCAAGGGUUCAUCGAUGGACUCCAACAAUGAUUGAUACAUACAGAUUUAUCAUAUUGUGAUAGGUGCCUACUAACAGGAAGAGUUUUUCCUAGGAAUUUUUGUUUUCGUUAGGUUUUCUAGAGAAAAUUCUUCGUUUGGAGUAAAAUAUUUAUAUAAUAGCUGAUUUGCACUCCUAAAUGGAAACUACAGUGUAAAGACAAAAUACAAAUGGGAUUUACAUCCUGUGGUUCGUAUUUAAAAACGUAUUCUGUAUUUUAGAGUGCAAAUUACAAAGGAAGUAAUCGAAUUAGUACUUAUUACUGUAAAACAUCUAACUAAUGAUCUCGUCUUUAUAAAAUAUCUAAUUUAUUACUAAAAUUGGCCACUCUGUAUGAAGAAACGUGUUGAAUCAUGUUAAACAGAGCGGAAUUAUUGGCAAAUGCUCAAAAAUAAAUGCCAAAAUCUAAGCGACGUAUU